GGCACACUUGGCCCGUGUGUCAGUGUCGAUUCGUUGUGGCUGUCCGCUGUUGUCAGUACGGUGUGUAGCUGGACUAGGAUGCGGUAUCGCGUAACAUUAUGGUACGUCCGGUGGUCGGGGACUUGGUGAGAAGGUCGUCGAGAUAGUGGACGCGUCUCGCUGAGAGGAAAUGCGGUAUAUCGCAUCGCGGGAGUGCAGGCCAGGCUAACCUAAGCGAGGCUUGUUUGUUGGUGGUUCUUCUGCGAAGGUGUGAGUGUGGAAAAACGAGUGCGCGGGGACUCGCGACCGAAGGUGAGCACCACACCACCGCCAGGGGAGUCCCGGUGUCGAGGGGAUAUGCACGCGCACGUCAAGAUGUCGUCAGGAGGACACGGCAGUCGUACCAGAGCGGUGCAUAUAGGCUCGAUCUUUCAAAAGCUUCACGGUCGGUUCGCGGACCCGAUGACAAUGUCGAAACUCUCCACUGACAAGCGAAUGCUGGAUAAGACCUGGAAGCUGAUGGACAAGGUGGUGAAACUGUGUCAACACCAGCGAAUGAACCUGAAAAAUUCCCCCCCGUUCAUCCUAGACAUUCUGCCCGACACGUAUCAGCGGCUCAGGCUGAUUUACAGCAAGUACGAGGACCGAAUGCAGAUGUUGCACAGCAACGAGCACUUCUGCGUGUUCAUCAACAACCUGAUGCGAAAGUGUAAACAGGCGAUCAAGCUGUUCAAAGAGGGCAAGGAGAAGAUGUUCGACGAGACGUCGCAUUAUCGUCGGAACCUGACCAAGCUCAGCCUCGUAUUCAGCCACAUGCUGUCCGAGCUGAAGGCGAUAUUCCCGAACGGGGUCUUCGCCGGGCACAAGUUUCGCAUCACCAAGGCGGACGCGGCCGAGUUCUGGAAGGAGAGCUUCGGGAUCAGUACACUAGUUCCAUGGAAAGUAUUCAGGGAUAAGUUGAACGAGGUUCAUCCCAUUAGUUCCGUACUACAAGCCAUGGCACUGAAAUCUACGAUAGACCUUACGUGCAAUGAUUAUAUCUCCAACUUUGAGUUUGAUGUAUUUACGAGGUUAUUUCAACCAUGGUCUACACUUCUACGUAACUGGCAAAUUUUGGCUGUGACUCAUCCUGGAUACGUAGCUUUCCUUACGUACGACGAAGUGAAGGCACGUUUACAAAAGUAUUGUAGACCUGGAAGUUAUGUGUUCCGAUUAAGUUGCACAAGGCUAGGACAGUGGGCCAUUGGUUAUGUCACAUCUGAUGGGGACAUUCUUCAAACUAUACCUCACAAUAAGAGUUUAUGUCAAGCCUUACUUGAUGGAUAUCGGGAAGGCUUUUACUUGUAUCCCGAUGGUCACAAUGUGAAUCCAGAUUUAACAUGGGCGGUGCAACCUACACCAGAGGAACACAUAAAAGUCACUGCUGAACAGUAUGAACUGUACUGUGAAAUGGGUAGCACAUUCCAAUUGUGUAAAAUUUGUGCAGAGAACGACAAGGACGUUAGGAUAGAACCCUGUGGACAUCUGCUUUGCACUCCGUGUUUAACAGCUUGGCAGGAUUCUGAAGGGCAAGGUUGUCCUUUUUGCCGAGCUGAAAUAAAGGGAACCGAACAGAUAGUCAUUGAUCCGUUCGAUCCUCGAAGAACGCAUCGACCAGGAACACAUUCGGCUUCCGCUAGUAACGCGUCGACCCCGACACGGGAUCUUGACCCGGACACCGAGGAAAGCAUGGACCUCUGCAAUGGCCACUGCGGAUCCAUGUGCGAGGACUCUGACGAAGACGAGGAUUCCAGCCCCACGAAUUCACCUGUGUCGACGCGAAGGGUCGUGCCAAGUCCCCCGCUACCUCCACGACGAUUGUCACCGUCCCCCACGCCGAAUAGUCAUUCGAGAAGUCGUCAUUUAACUGUGCCGAAGGAGAACGCACCGCCACCCCCCUCGUCAGCUGUUAACGCGGUGUUUAACUCCAGCGCUGACAAUCAACUGAAUAACAAUAUGAAUUCCGAGGCAGGGUACGACAUGCUGCACCGAGCGUCAUCGCCAUCCCCGGCACCACCGAUACCACCUGCUCCGUUUCCGGUUAGCAGAAGUCACGUGCGUCGAUCGCAAGGAAAUCACAUAUCUGUGGCACAGCCACAGCCACAACCGCCUACAUUACCUGAAAAACCUAGUCGUUCGAGCGGCGCGUCUUCGACGUCGUGUCAAACGACGUCGAGCAACAGCGUGCCGCCAGUUCCGCCGCCGUUAUCGGUGCCGCGACCUCCAAAGUCCGGCAAAGAGCACAAUAGACAGGAUCACCACUACGAGAACACGAUCGUGAUACCCGGUACGAGACAGCACGUCGUGAGGAACAUUAAUCUGGAAGCGAAUACGGCACGAUUGUCCGCCCUAAUGAGAGGUAAGGACGAUCCCACCGGUUCUGCUAAGCCAGAAUCCGCGGCAUACGAGAACGUCAACGUCGAACACAUUUCCAAGCUGACGGCUCUCGGAUUCGCGCAAGACGCCGUGAUUAGAGCGCUCGUUAUAACUAGGAACGAUCUUGAAAUGGCUUGUGACAUACUGCACGAAUUUGCCACGAAAUCGUCUUGACCAGGGUCGAACACAGAGGGGUCAUAACUGGCCUUCCGUGUGCACAGAAGCAUAUAGAAUUUAUAAACUCUGAAGCGUGGAAGGAAAGCAAUUUCCACCAGCUUAGGAAUUCUUGUUCUGUGAGAGCAAUACGCAUCCCGGAAGCAAAGAUACGCAAAAAGUUUCCCUAUCAAGUUAGCCGGGCGACGCACGUCCUCGACAGUUUGUCUGGAGAAAAUCAACUGCGUGAAUUAUUUUUGCACGCGAUUAAAACAGUGGUUCUUUUAAGUCUCAUUACCGAACACUUUUUGUGGGAAAGAUGCUCAGAAGUACUAGUGUAUCUUUCUUCCUCGAACAUACGCAAGAAAGGAAGAAACAAACAAACAGAAAGAAGACUGCUUAAAAAAAAAACCGCGAUGAGACACUAAUUGUAAGUACGAGUGAUGAUACGUUGAACUUCGCGAAAAAAGUUCACGCCCGCCGAGUACAAAGUAUUUCGUUUUAACCGCGGUCGACCGAGCGAUUUCACUCGACCAUGUUCCCUCGUAGCUUUCAAUCUUUCGCAUAUAGACUAAUUACGUAUUUCAUUCGUAUACUUAAAGCGGUAUUUAAAACAAGUUGUGCUUGGAGGUAGCGACGCAUAGUCAAUUGGCAAACCUGGCGGGUCCGCGAACACAAGAUCCUUUCUUCUAGUCUGAAUCAGAACUAAGGUCCUUGGGGCCCAAGACCUCGCUGUUUGUCGUUGCCUCCAGUGAAACAGUGAGUCGCAUGCAUCCACAUAAGCGUACAAUGGCCAAAAUAUCUACGUAGGUUGAUUAUAGUUCUCUUUCGCCGAUAUUCUUGUUUCUCACCGAGUUUAUCAAUUAAGAAGAGGAAUACCUGUUACUUUUUGUUCGAAAGCGAAAUAUCAUUUGAAGUGUACGUGCUUCGUAGAACUGAAUUCGCACGGGAUUUUUUGUCAAUUUCUUCUGUUGCAUCGCGCGCAGCGAUUAGCGUAUUUAUCGAAUGUGAUACUUAUGUUAGCGUACGUGUGUACUUACGUACGCCGCUAUCCUCGACCGCACUAAAUAAACCUAUCGAUACAAGAGAAACGAGACCCAACAAUUAGUAUAUCUUCACAUUUUAGAAGAAAAAAUUUAAAAACAACAAAAAAAAUAUUAAGGGUAUUUAAAGUAAUCUCGUUUUCUGUAGUUCGAUUGAAACCAGGACGAACGAAACGAACUGUCAGAGUCGCGAACAUACUCGUAGGUGACUCCGUGUUAAUCUGUUUACCGAAAAAUCUUUCAGUGGCUUAUUUAUUUAAUCGACGAUUGCUAGAUUUUAUUCGAUCAAGUAUCGGUAUAAACUACGUACAUGCGGUCUGUUAUAAAAUUUAGGUUAACCGGAAAAUCAGCUGGUUAACAGAUUAAGAAUCGGACAACGGAAGAUGGUUUUACUUUACGGAACUAUCAAGCGGACAUGAUUUCUAGAAUGAUUCAAGAAUAAAAAAUACUCGUAAUUCUUAAAGUUUUCUCUCUCACGAGGCGCAUUUUAAUGUACAUUUGCAACGACAUCGCCCACGCAAUUCCGUGGCUUUCGUCGUGUCGAUACAUGUGUUGUAUUGUUAUCGGUCGCGACAUUCUGAUGUACGUGUACGAGACGUUCCUUUCUUUUCUUUCGUGUAACGAUAAGUUAGCUAACGAAACAUAACUGAGGAAAGUCAUACACAGAUCGUACAUCGAAGCAAUUGUAAGUCGGAACCGAUUUUAUCUCGCCAUCAUACCAAAGGUACGUUAUUGACCGCCGCCUAUGGGACGUGAAUAAUUCGUGAGAGCCUGUGGGUAUAUUUCUGAUACGUGAUUGAAUCGUUUUAGAGCGGGGGUUCUCGACCCUUUCGCGUGACAAACGCCCGACCAUAAUCCUGUGGAUAUAUAUAUACAUAUAUUUAUCUUUUAUCUUUCUACGAUCCCGUUAGUGAUACGGUUGAGAAUCCCUGGCACAAAAAAUCAGGGCACGUGUUACAGCGGUACGUUCGUGAGAUAUACCACUUCGAAUGGCCUUGUUUCACAUACGAAUCGCAGAAAUCCAAUGAAACACGAUUUAGUCGUUUAACCCUCAGAAAACGGAUGUUUCUGUCCAUCUCAUGGUUGCCGGUGCUUGGGUCCCCACAGGCCCUUGCUUAUCAAUUCUUUUAAUCGCAUCUUCACCGUAAUUUCUCCAGUGUACACUGAUCGUGAAAAUCAAUUCUAAAGAUUCACAGAAUGACACAAGAUUUGGGAAGAUGUAAAUAACGUACGUAUUAGAUGGGUCUAAAUGGAUCCGAGCACCAAUUCUAAGGGUUAAAUUUAGAAAAAUGACCAUGUUCGGAGUGAGAGAGAGCGCGCGCGAGAGAGAGAGAGUAAACAUAUUUCUUUAUUUCAACUACUAUGAAUUUGCAUGAGAACAAUUAAUCCAACAGCGUCCAGUAAAAAAAACCCUUUAUUCGUUUGUUACUGAAUUUCAUGCCCGGUAUAGGUACACAGUGGAUUUAGCUAUCCUAUUUUUCUACAUUGUAUAUUUCGGAUCAGUGUAUAUUGUAACAGAAUUUUUAAUAAGGUAGGAAAAUGGAACCGUUCAAGGAUCGUGCCCUCGGAAUUAGGUAUUCGGCACUGCUGCUGUUCUUUGUCACGCACUAGCGUCUAAGAGUAACCGUUCUGGUGCAAUAUCUAGGGAUAGAGCGUAGAUUAAUACCUUUCUUGAUUUAACUGUUCGUUGUAAAAAAUUGUUUUACAUAUUUCCCGAAAUAAAAAGAUCGACUGUCGUUUAUAAUA